GAGACACCUCCUUGACGGAGCUGCAGAGGAGGAACGAAAACCGCUUCCUGGAGCGCCAGAGCAUCGUGCCGCUGCGCCUCGUCUACAGCUCGGGCGGCGGCGACGAAACUCGGCACGACGAGCUCAGCACGCGGGUGCGGGGCGACCCCGGCGCGCGGCAGUCGACGCAUGUGAACCAGGCCAGCUUCCAGGUCGAGGCCUUCGGGACGCCAUUCAUCCUGGAUGUCGUACUGAACCAUGACUUGCUGUCCUCUGAUUAUAUAGAGAGACACGUCGGACAUGGAGGAAGGACUGUAGAAGUUAAAGGAGGCGAGCACUGUUACUACCAGGGCCAGAUCCGAGGAAACCCGGCCUCGUUCGUUGCAUUGUCCACGUGCCAUGGACUUCAUGGGAUGUUCUAUGAUGGGAACCAUACAUAUCUCAUCGAGCCCGAAGAAAACGAGACCUCCCCAGAGGAUUUCCAUUUCCAUUUAGUUUACAAAUCCAGAGUGUUUGAAUUUCCCUUGGAUGAUCUUCCAUCUGAAUUCCAACAAGUAAACAUCACUGUACCAAAAUUUAUUUCAAGGCCAACACUAAAAAGGAGCAAACGGCAGCUUCUUCGAUAUCCUCGUAAUGUGGAAGAGGAAACCAAAUAUAUUGAACUGAUGAUUGUGAAUGACCAUCUCAUGUUUAAAAAACAUCGGCUUUCUGUUGUCCAUACCAAUACCUACGCGAAAUCUGUGGUGAACAUGGCAGAUCUAAUAUAUAAAGACCAACUUAAGACAAGAAUAGUAUUGGUUGCCAUGGAAACCUGGGCAGCUGACAACAAGUUUGCCAUAUCUGAAAAUCCAUUGAUUACCCUACGUGAGUUUAUGAAAUACAGGAGGGAUUUUAUCAAAGAGAAAAGUGAUGCAGUUCACCUUUUUUCGGGGAGUCAAUUUGAGAGUAGCCGGAGCGGGGCAGCUUACGUUGGUGGGAUUUGCUCAUUGCUGAAAGGAGGAGGCGUGAAUGAAUUUGGAAAAACUGAUUUAAUGGCUGUUACUCUUGCUCAGUCGUUAGCCCAUAAUAUUGGUAUUAUCUCAGACAAAAGAAAGUUAGCAAGUGGUGAGUGUAAAUGUGAGGACACAUGGUCUGGAUGCAUAAUGGGAGACACUGGCUACUAUCUACCCAAAAAGUUCACCCAGUGUAAUAUUGAAGAGUAUCAUGACUUCCUGAAUAGUGGUGGUGGGGCCUGCCUGUUCAACAAACCUUCUAAGCUUCUUGACCCUCCGGAAUGUGGCAAUGGCUUCAUUGAAACUGGAGAGGAGUGUGAUUGUGGGACCUCCGCAGAAUGUGUCCUCGAAGGGGCAGAAUGUUGUAAGAAAUGCACAUUGACUCAAGACUCGCAGUGCAGUGAUGGGCUCUGCUGUCAAAAGUGCAAGUUUCAGCCUCUGGGGACUGUGUGCCGAGAAGCAGUGAAUGAUUGUGAUAUUCGUGAAACAUGCUCAGGAAAUUCAAGCCAGUGCGCCCCUAAUGUUCAUAAGAUGGAUGGGUACCAGUGCGAUGGUGUCCAGGGAAUCUGCUUCGGAGGAAGAUGCAAAACCAGGGACAGGCAAUGCAAAUAUAUCUGGGGACAAAAGGUGACGGCAUCAGAGAAAUACUGCUAUGAGAAGCUGAAUAUCGAGGGGACCGAGAAGGGUAACUGUGGGAAAGACAAAGACACUUGGAUACAGUGCAACAAACGGGAUGUGCUUUGUGGUUACCUUUUAUGCACCAAUGUUGGCAAUAUCCCAAGGCUUGGAGAGCUCGAUGGUGAAAUCACAUCGACUUUAGUUGUGCAGCAGGGAAGAACAUUAAAUUGCAGUGGUGGGCAUGUUAAGCUUGAAGAGGAUGUUGAUCUUGGCUAUGUAGAAGACGGCACACCCUGUGGUCCCAAAAUGAUGUGCUUAGAACGCAGGUGUCUUCCCAUGGCCUCUUUCAACUUUAGCACUUGCCUAAGCAAUAAAGAAGGCAUUGUUUGUUCAGGAAAUGGGUUUUGCAGUAACGAGCUGACAUGUGUGUGUAACAGGCACUGGACAGGUGCGGACUGCAGCAUUUACUUCCCUUAUAACGAGGAUGCAAAGACCGGCAUCACUUUGGCUGGCAAUGGUGUUGCUGGUACCAAUAUCAUCAUAGGCAUAAUUGCUGGCACCAUUUUAGUACUGGCCCUCAUACUAGGAAUAACAGCCUGGGGUUAUAAAAACUAUCGAGAACAGAGACAGUUACCCCAGGGAGAUUAUGUUAAAAAGCCUGGAGAUGGCGACUCUUUUUAUAGCGACAUUCCUCCUGGAGUCAGCACAAACUCCGCAUCUAGUUCUAAGAAGAGGUCAAAUGGCCUCUCUCAUUCUUGGAGUGAAAGGAUUCCAGACACAAAACAUAUUUCAGACAUCUGUGAAAAUGGACGGCCUCGAAGUAACUCUUGGCAAGGUAACCUGGGAGGCAACAGAAAGAAAAUCAGAGGCAAAAGAUUUAGACCUCGAUCUAAUUCAACUGAGACUUUAUCUCCUGCCAAGUCUCCUUCUUCAUCAACUGGGUCUAUUGCCUCCAGCAGAAAAUACCCUUACCCAAUGCCCCCACUUCCUGAUGAGGAGAAGAAAGUGAACCGACAAAGCGCCAGGCUAUGGGAGACAUCCAUUUAAGAUCCACUGUUUACAUGUGACACAUCGAAACUGUUUACUUCAACUUUUAUAGAAACCCAGCCUCACGGAAUCACCGCACAUCUUUCCGCUCUUCAGACAGUGCGAAGACCCUCAGAGAGGCCACGGGGAAGAGGAAGCCAGUUCUCACAUCUGGAUAUCAUUUUCUUUUUGUCAUUGGCUUAGGAUUUAAUUGAACCAUGAAAUGAACUACUGCAAUGUUACACUCUAACAUGGAACUGGUACUGGUAUGUUAACGGAUAAUUCUCAUGACAGAUAUAUAUAUAUAGAAAUAUCAAUAAAAUUAACUCACAUGACCCAAAUGUAGCAAGUUUCCUAAGGGACAGUAGUGGAUUCAGAACCUGACCUUCUGAAGCACAUCCUCAUUGUAAACAGUAAUGCUAUAUGCAUGAAGCUUCUAUUCAUUGUUUUCCAUAAUUAAGGAAACAACAUCCCAUAAUAGAAACUAGCAUGCAGGGCUACAGCAUAUAGGAAUUUUCUGCAGAACCUUAAAGCCUGGAGAGGCCGAUAUCCCACAUGCUAACUUUAAACAUGUAUUUUUAUUUUUGAUUUGUUUUUACUUUUCAUAUUUAUAUCAGCAUACAAGGACAAUUGUACAUAUGUAAACAUUUUUAAAAUUCAAAAAAGCAGCUGUUACACACAAGUGUAUUUUGCCAAAUGCCUAAAAACAGUCAGUCACGGUCACAUCAUUGUCUUCUGUCCUGUGGUCUUCAACGCGUACACGCAGAUGAUGUAAAUAUAGCGGUCAGUGCUGUAGCGUGUCUCCCUCUAGCUGGUAUCUGUCUAAAAGGCGGUAUCCCCUAAACUGUGUGUAGCAGGAGGCAGUUUCAUGGAGUGACGGAGAAAACAAAAUGCCCUGUAAGAGUCCAGCCCUCAAGACUGCGGGGCUUGCUGAAGUGGAAGGCCAGUAGCACAGCUGCCUUGGGACACUGACCAACUGGCUGCUCCCUGGGGAUUAGCCAGCCCGAGCACUUCUCUCCUGGGGACACGUAGUGCUGCUGCAGUGCUCUCUCUUUCAGUGCCGGAGCACCUCCGUUAGUCUCACCUGCAGGCCAGUGAGCCCCUAGCAGUGCGUGCUGCACAGAUCAGGCAGAAGCAUCCGAGACACUUGCAACCCAGGAGCUCCCAUCCUGCCAGUACUCCAGCCCUUUCCAGCCUGAAGUACUGGCUCCUUGACAGAACAUUGCAGCCACGCUUAUCUAGGAAAAGAAUGACUCACUGCACCAGAAACAGCUUUCCCUUAAGGAUAUUUAUACUUACUGGGACUGAGGCCCAGCAAGGCGUUCCGCACUGACUUUGAAGCAAGGUGAUGGGCAGUGCCACUGUUGGAGCUUAGAAGCCCCAGCGGGGCAUAAGGGGUUAAGGAAAAUUGAAAGGCCUAACAGUGCUGCACCAGUGAAGUCACACAAACAGCUGGCAGGGGCAAGAAUCUGAUGCUUUCAGCCCUCUCAUUUGUAAUCCUUAGAAAAAUGAGAAUCUGUAUUUCAAGCCCCUUUCGAAACCACAGUCUGAUGCUGCCAUAGGCAGCUCUGUUAUUUCAGAAGAAAAGUACCGUGUCUAUGGAGGUCGGUAGACAGUGGUGCAGUCCGUGGUCUGCCAUGGAGUCGCCUUCUGCUUGCCUUUCUGUUUUGAGAGCAGUGAAAUCAGUAAUGAGAUUUCAGAAAGGUCCUCUAGAUUGUAUUUCUUCCAGUAAUUUCCGUGGACAAAAUCCAUCUCAUCUCCACGUAUAAACAUGGUAGGUUCCCAGUUGAAGGGCCAACUUAGAAACUUGUGUUCAUGUUUUCUGUAAUGGGCCUCUCUUGUGAAAGUCUUUGAGAAUGUUUGAAAAGCAGUUUAACCAUCCAAAAUUACAAGUGGUAAGUGGCAUUUUUCAUGCUAGGAAAGGAUGCGAUUGUUGAAGCCUCGGGAAAGCCAUGUGUCAGACCCAGGCGGGGUGAGCGUUGGGCAGUGUUCUUGGGUAGCUCCAGCCAAGGACAGAAGGGCGCACAGCUUGAAAGAUGCAGCAAAUAAAGCAGCUUUUGACCAGGA